AUGCCGAAGGUUGUUAUACUACUCGCUGCUCUUGUCGCCAGAGGAUUCGCUCAGGCUGAGUUCAAAGGAUCAUUGCCAAUUGAGCAAUGCUCUGCCGUUCCAAAAUGCUUGGGAGAACUGCCUGUAGAGUCUUUUCCUCAGACUCCAGACACUGCAGACACUACUAAACCUCAACCUCUCAUUAUAGGUAGAACACACCCCCCCUUCACAAAGCUGGUUUAAUUAUUCAAGUGCGUACUUAUGAUUGAUUCUAUUCCUAUUCUAGGGGUAAUUGUCGAUCCCACUCGCUUAGCGGAUUCUAGCGAUCCAAGCUGUACUUCUGGGCGCUGCAUCAUUGUGGAUUCCAACGAGGUUUGCGACGGCACCCAGCCAAAUUGUCUACCUUUCGCAAACGUGGGACAACCAACUCUUCCUUGCGACCAGAGCCUCCUUAAAUGCCCUCUAGGUGGUAUUCUACUUGACCCAAGCCUCUCUUGCCAUCUACUUGAUAACAAAUGUCCUCCAGGUGGUGUGUACGUUCCCGUUUUGCCAAGGGACCAAAAAGCACCAAACUGGAUCACUUCUUGCGUUCUCGAUAUGAUCAACUGUGCCAAAGGUUAUAAUCUUACGGGCGUUCCAAAAUGGCCGCCUCCACAAGAGGACCCCAACAAGCCGAUUCCCGGACAUCCCUUCAAUCCUGUAGGUCUUUGCAGUAAAACAACACCUGGAUGUGAUCCGCGGACAGGUCUGGUAGUUCCAUAUGACCCAAACAACAAAUGCAAUGCUCGAUAUCCUGGAUGUCUUGCUGAUGAUAUCCCAUCCGACCUUGUAGAUGCUGGAAACGACCCGGCUUGCCCCAAAGGGUCAGUUUGUAAGAUUAUCAAUGCAGUGCCAUGCUAUCCAAACCAAGCGAGUCUUCCAAUUUCAUGUAUGAAGGUCGAUCCCAUACCCUGCGUCAUUGGAACUCUCGGAUGUAGCUCGGGAACCAAACUAACAGAUCCUGUUCAGCCAUGCGUACCAAAUAGCGUUGGUUGCUCCCAAUAUGGAAUUCGUCUGCCCCCACCACCGAAUACUCAGCCGAACGAUCCAGUCAUUCCUCCAGGAAAUCAAGCUCUCGUUAUUGCCCCCCAGGGUGCGUUUAUACUCCCUGGAAAGUCAGAUGCUGCAAAUUGCUGA